AGAUAGAAGAAAAAAAAACUUGGUCGACUGAAUAUAACCAACCAAACAUGCCACACAAUUAAGAAUACACGUGCACAUCAUUGUGACUUCAAUAAUAAUUAUUUUGUCGUUUUCCUUUCUUCACUGAUCAUAGUAUUUAGAUUUUACUAAAACAUUUAAAAUUAAUUUAACUAUAAUUCCAUCAAGAUGACCAUAUUAUCAAAUAUCGAUAAUCAUAAUGACGAUGAUGAUGAUGAAAGACAAGAAUUGAAUUCUGAAGAAAAUAUCGAUAUAGCAGCUAAUAACAACAACGACGAUAAUGAUGAUGAUAAUGAUAAUGCUGAUGAAGAAUCAUGUUCCUCCGAUUCUGAUUAUCUAGAUGAUGAAGAAGAUGAUGAUGAUUAUGAUGAUGAUGAAAAUAAUAACAACGAUGAUGAUGAUGACGGUGAUGACCAAAGUACAAAUUCAACAUCAAAACGAAUAUAUGUACCAAAUAUGACAAAAUUAUCGUCAACAGAUAAUGUUGAACAAUUGGAAUGUGAUUAUUCUGCUUAUGUUCUUUAUCAUAAAGCUGAAACAGGAUUUCCAUGUCUUAGUUUUGAUGUUAUUGAAGAUCAAUUUGGUUCAGGUGAACAACGUGCACAAACAUUUCCAAUGACUACAUAUUUGGUUGCUGGUACACAAGCCGAUAAAGAUCAUCAUAAUCGUUUGUUGGUAAUGAAAUUUUCCAAUAUGAAUCCAAUUAAUAAUAAAAAAGAAAAAGAUGAUGACGAUGAUGAUGAUGAUGAUGAUGAUGAUGAUGAUGAUGAAGAAGAUGAAGAAGAAGAAACAUUACCCGAUUUAUCUUGUACAUCGAUUCCACAUUCCGGUUGUGUUAAUCGUAUCCGUUGUCGACAGAUUGGUGAUAAAUUAAUUGUUGCCAAUUGGUCGGAUCAUGGUGCCGUACAUUUAUGGGAUAUGAGCGAUGCAUUAAAAGCAUGUGAUGAUGAUGCACAACGUAUAGCCGAUUUUAAUAAACGAAAUAUUCAUACAAAACCUAUUUAUUCAUUUAAUGGUCAUCAUUCACCUGGAUUUGGUUUGGAUUGGUCACCAGUUGAUGAUGGAAAAUUAGCUACUGGUGAUUCAAAAAAACAUAUUUUCAUAUGGAAUGUUUCGAAUGAUGGCUGGAAAGUGGAUCAAUUACCAUUAAUUGGUCAUGAAUCAUCUGUUGAAGAUAUACAAUGGUCACCAAAUGAAUCGACAAUAUUAAGCUCCUGUUCUGUAGAUCGUACUAUUCGUAUUUGGGAUACUCGUAAUCCACGUCAUCAAUCGGCUAUUACUAUUACGGAUGCACAUCAAUCCGAUGUAAAUGUAUUAAGCUGGAAUCGGGUGGAAAAAGCAUUCAUAUUAUCAGGUGGUGAUGAUGGUGCUAUUAAAGUUUGGGAUCUACGGCAAGUACGUCGUCAUUCUUCAAUGAAAGCAUCGAAUGGUACAUCAUCAACAUCAACAACAACGGCAAAUGUUGGUUGUAAACCAGUGGCAACAUUUAAACAACAUAAUGGACCAAUUACAUCGGUUGAUUGGCAUCGAACUGAUGGUACAGUGUUUGCAGCAGCAGGUGAAGAUCAUCAGAUAACACAAUGGGAUUUAUCUGUUGAACCGGAUGAACAACAACAACAACAACAAGAUGAUGAAAAAAUAUUGGCUAAUAAACGACCUAAAAUUGAUACAUCAAUUACUGGUAAUGAUAUUAGUAGUAGUAAUAAACAACCAAAAGAAAUGGAUGAUGAUGGAAUUAUUGGUAAACUACCACCACAAUUAUUAUUCAUACAUCAAGGACAAAAAGAGGUAAAAGAAAUACAUUGGCAUCCACAAAUACCCGGAUUAUUGAUCUCAACGGCUGCAACUGGUUUCGAUAUAUUUCGUACAGUUUCCGUUUGAUCCAUUAUUGAUUCAAAUGAUUUAUCCGAUUGAUAAUAAUGAUUCUUUAACCUUUCAUUUUUUUUAUCAAUUAUCACAACGAUAUUCUAAAUUACUUUUUUUUUAUUUGUG